GCGGUCAGCGUCUACACCGGGAGUGGCCGCUUGUUGAGCCCCCCAGACGGCCUGAUCCAGCAGGGCGUCUUCUCGAACAGCGAGUGCGUACCUCUGAAGCUCCACGGUGGCGAGGCCGAGGGCGCAACGGAGCUCGUGCUGGUGGUGUCGCAGCACGCGAGCAAGGCCCCGUUCAACUUCACGCUGCAGGUCUACAGCCCCGUGCCCGCCGCGCUGGAGCCCCUGCCGCCCGUCGUGCCCGAAG